CCCAGCUCCGAGAUGGGGAGCUGGCGAAGUUGACUAGCCCCCCGACCCGCGCUGCGUCCCUCCUGCCCCAGAGGUGCGUUGCUCUCUCCAGGAGGUGCCCGCACGCGGCCCUGCUCCAGGGGCUGCGGCCAGCGGUCUGUCGCGCGUGCUUGUUUGCCAAAGGAACUGCCCGUGGGAGAAGACCCACAGAAGAGUUGUUUCCCCAGGGCAUACCUGCAGCCCAGCCUAGGGGCUCGGGCGGCCUGGAUGCGCAGGACCCAGGCCCGCAGCCGCUGACGCCAGGCGGCGGCGAAGUUUGGCUGCUGAGCGGCGCGGCGCAGGGCCACUGGACAGCGGGCACCCCAGCGGCCGCCGCGGCUGGAGGGAUGCCGGUGGGGGGCCUGUUGCCGCUCUUCAGCAGCCCAGCGGGCGGCGGCCUGGGCGGCGGCCUGGGCGGGGGGCUCGGCGGCGGUGGCAGCGGCGGCAGGAAGGGAUCCGGCCCCGCCGCCUUCCGCCUGACAGAGAAGUUCGUGCUGCUGUUGGUGUUCAGCGCCUUCAUCACGCUCUGCUUCGGGGCGAUCUUCUUCCUGCCCGACUCCUCCAAGCUGCUCAGCGGGGUCCUAUUCCACUCCAGCCCCGCCCUGCAGUCAGCCGCCGACCAUAAACCCGGGCCCGGGGCGCGCGCCGAGGACGCGGCAGAUGGGCGAGCCAGGCGCGGCGAGGAGGGUGCGCCGGGGGACCCGGCGGCCGCGCUGGAGGACAACUUGGCCAGGAUCCGCGAAAACCACGAGCGGGCUCUCAGGGAAGCCAAGGAGACCCUGCAGAAGCUGCCCGAGGAGAUCCAAAGAGAUAUCCUGCUGGAGAAGGAGAAGGUGGCCCAGGACCAGCUGCGUGACAAGGCGGUCUUCAGGAGGCUGCCCCCGGUGGACUUCGUGCCCCCAAUUGGGGCGGUUGGCAGGGAGCCGGCCGACGCCGCCAUCCGUGAGAAGAGGGCAAAGAUCAAAGAGAUGAUGAAACAUGCUUGGAAUAAUUAUAAACGGUAUGCCUGGGGAUUAAAUGAACUGAAACCUAUAUCAAAAGAAGGCCAUUCGAGCAGUUUGUUUGGUAGUAUUAAAGGAGCAACAAUAGUAGAUGCCCUGGAUACACUUUUUAUAAUGGAAAUGAAAGAUGAAUUUGAAGAGGCAAAAUCAUGGGUUGAAGAAAAUCUAGAUUUUAAUGUGAAUGCUGAAGUCUCUGUUUUUGAAGUAAAUAUACGCUUUGUUGGUGGGCUACUCUCAGCCUACUAUCUGUCUGGAGAAGAGAUAUUUCGAAAGAAAGCAGUGGAACUUGGGGUAAAAUUGCUACCUGCAUUUCAUACUCCUUCUGGAAUACCUUGGGCAUUGCUGAAUAUAAAAAGUGGGAUCGGAAGGAACUGGCCCUGGGCCUCAGGAGGCAGCAGUAUUUUGGCAGAAUUUGGAACUCUGCAUUUGGAGUUUCUACACCUAAGCCACUUAUCAGGAAACCCCAUCUUUGCUGAAAAGGUAAUGAAUAUUCGAACAGUACUGAACAACCUGGAAAAACCACAAGGCCUUUAUCCUAACUAUCUGAAUCCCAGUAGUGGACAGUGGGGUCAAUAUCAUGUAUCAGUUGGAGGACUCGGAGACAGCUUUUAUGAAUAUUUGCUCAAGGCGUGGUUAAUGUCUGACAAGACAGAUCUAGAAGCUAAGAAGAUGUAUUUUGAUGCUGUUCAGGCAAUUGAGACUCACUUGAUCCGCAAGUCUAGUACGGGGCUGACUUACAUCGCGGAGUGGAAAGGAGGCCUCCUGGAACACAAAAUGGGCCACUUGACCUGCUUUGCUGGGGGCAUGUUUGCUCUUGGGGCUGACGACGCUCCCGCAGGCCUGACCCAGCACUACCUGCAGCUCGGGGCUGAAAUUGCCCGAACCUGCUAUGAGUCUUACAAUCGCACCUAUAUGAAACUGGGACCAGAAGCUUUCAGGUUCGAUGGCGGCGUUGAAGCCAUUGCUACGAGGCAAAACGAAAAGUACUACAUCCUACGACCAGAGGUGGUUGAGACUUACAUGUACAUGUGGCGACUGACUCAUGAUCCAAAGUACAGGAAAUGGGCCUGGGAAGCCGUAGAGGCCCUGGAAAAUCACUGCCGAGUGAACGGAGGCUAUUCAGGCCUCAGGGAUGUUUACCAGAGACACGAGAGUUACGAUGACGUGCAGCAGAGUUUCUUCCUGGCAGAGACACUAAAAUACCUGUACUUAAUAUUUUCGGAUGACGAUCUCCUUCCGCUGGAACACUGGAUCUUCAAUACCGAGGCACAUCUUCUCCCUAUACUCUGUACGAAUAAAAAGGAAGUCGAAGUCAAUGAAAAAUAAAAAGACAUUUUAUAUUUUACUCUG